AUGCCGCCCGCGGAGGAGGACGAAACAACUCCUCUGAUCGCUGACGAAAUAGCACCAGAGUCGCGUCAUCCCCGGGGAAGUCGUCGUGCCCUCACCACCAUCAUCGCCGCCUUCUCACUGAUUCUUAUUCUGAGCAUUUCCAGCCACAUUAGCGACGCCCCGCUCACGGCCAUUCUCGAGGAUAUCGUGUGUGAAAAAUAUUAUGCCUCUCACCCGGACGAUGGUAGCGAAUUUUUCUCGGAUCCAGAGUCCAAAUGCAAGAUUGAGCCGAUCCAGAGUGAGGUAGCGUUCAUCAAUGGGUGGAAGGAUACAUUCGAAGCCGCUCCUGGUAUCAUUCUAGCCGUUCCUUAUGGUGCUCUUGCCGAUCGGAUUGGGAGGAAGAAAGUCCUUAUCCUUUCUCUUAUCGGGCUCUUCCUAGAAGAUUCUUGGCUCCGAGUUGUCUACUGGUUUUCCGAUCUAUUCCCUCCCAAGGCUGUCUGGUUUCUCGGCGCGUGGGCAAUCAUUGGUGGCGGGGCUACUACACUGACGUCUAUCGUGUUUGUCUUGGUAGCCGACGUCUGCCCUGCUGAGCAGAGGACGACGGCUUUCUCGCAAAUGCAAUCCGCCGAAAUGAUAUCUCAGCUUGUGUUCAUUCCGUUAGGUGCCGCUCUCAUGUCUGUCAACAAAUGGCUGCCAAUGAUGAUAUCCUCUGCUCUAAUGGUCCUCGGCAUAUUAUUGGCCCUUGCCUUCCUCCCUGAAACACUACCAGCCAAGAAGAAGGCCGAGGACGAAGCGGACCUGAUAACGGAGAGAGAGGAUAUGGACGAUCGAAGUUCUCCCAGACAAAACGGUACGCACACGGCAGACGGCAAGUCCACCGCUAUCAAGAAGGCCGUCGCGAAGGUUAUCGGCAUGAUUAACACCCACGUUGUCUUGACGAUACUGGCGUUCCUCGCUGUCUAUUUGGGCGAGCAGGUGCAAGGCCCUGUUUUCCUUCAAUAUGUUUCAAAGAAGCUUCACUGGACAAUUGCAAAGGCAUCUUUCUUCCUCUCUUUGCGCGCGGGAGUCAACCUGGCAGCAUUGGCGUUCGUCUUGCCAGCAUUUUCUUCACUCUUAAUGAAAAAGAUGGAUGAAGUUUCCAAGGACAAAAGAAUCGCCCAAUUUGCCGGCAUAUUCUUAGCAUUUGGUUCCGCCGUGAUGGCCCUCGCAUCCACCUGGGGUCUCAUGAGUGUAGGGCAGAUAUUUUAUGCGCUCGGCCUCGUUUUGCCGGUUCCCAUGCGCAGUCUCAUCACGGGAAUGGUGGAACAACAGCAUCUUGCCACCUUGUAUACGGCUCUCUCCGUGACUUCCUACUCAGGUAUGGUCAUUGGGCGGCCACUCUUCGCCGUUAUUUUUGGCUGGGGCCUGCGAAUCGGUGGUGGCUGGAUCGGCUUGCCAUUUAUAGUUGCCUCGGGAUGCUUUGCGGCUGCUCUAGGUGCCGUGACCGGGGUAACGUUAGGUUCUCGGAUCGAGAUCUAA